AUGUCGUCGCCAUACUCUAAUCAGCAGCCGCUUCAUGGGUGGACAGGCCAAUAUUAUCAGCAGCCAUCAAUUCAGAAACAGGACGAUCGCAACUCGUAUGGUUAUUACGCGCCGAUUAUUCAACAACCACAUUAUACACCACAUUACGCACAACAACCAGCGCCAUACGUACAACCAUAUUAUGGGAAUGCUCCUACGGCACCAAUAAUAGCAGAAUUGCCGGCGCCAUUACCUCCAGCGCCUCCAACGACGACAUCCGAUGAGCAAUUAAAAGAAGAUCAGCUCCUUGCGAGCAAGAUACAGCAACUGGAAGUGGCAGAGAUUAGAAGUCGAUCAAACAGCGCUGUGAGCCAGCAUCAGCGACCUGUCAGUAUGGCUAUCCCACAGCAGCUAGAAGUGGCAGAGAUCAGAAGUCGAUCGAACAGCGCUACAUCCACAUUGUCGCUACGUCCAUACUCAACGAAUGUAUCAACUCAUGACAUCUCACAAGGCCCUGGAUCGUUUGGUGCAUUACCGCGAAAUCCACCUAGCUCAAGUUUAUUCCCGGAAGUUGUUCCAGAUCCUCGAAGAAACUCGUACGAUCCCUCGAAUGACUUGCCAAUACCAGUCGAAAUAGAACAACGACAUGUUAGCCAACCUCAGUCGAUAGCGCCAGACCCUACCUCUCUUCCCUUGUACCUAGAAACACAUCGCCAAGUACCAUACCCACCCACAUGGAGGCUCCCACCAGUCGUCGCAACUUUUUACGCGCAUGCCGGAAGCAAAACAGAACUCAAGGCCGACUGGCUAUCGCAGCAAGAGUCCUUUACUUGGCGGACUAUCAGGCCUACAGAACAUGCGUAUAACCCUGCAGCCCCAUCGUACACGUUCAGGUUCUCGUCGAAGGGAGGAAGUUUCCGUGACCCGAAGUUUUCGUGGAUCAUGACAUUACCAGGCCAGUCUCCUGAACCAAAAAAGAAGGGCUCGAAAAGCAAAGAGACAUCAUGGACGUAUGAGUUGCGUCUGGACUUGAGCGGCGGUAUGAGGAAGAAAGAGAGGCUGAAUCAUGGUUCACACAUUGCGAUCCUGACAACUUACGUUCAUGCACUAAAUUACGACUCUCUUCGCUUCAUCGGUCCGGAUGGGCGGGCAUAUAUGUGGGUCAGCGGCUCGCAAGUCAGUUCCGUAAAUGGAAUGCGCUACGACACCGUUCGGCAUGCGUUAUUCGCAGCCGUAGGUCAUAUCAAGGAUCCACUGUAUGGCGAAAUCGUUGCAGACCAUACUUUUUGGGACGGCCACGUCGACGAAGUUGAAGUUCACGCAGGCGCGAAGUGCGACGGGUGCCAAACAUCUCCAAUCAAUGGACUACGGUGGAAAUGCAAAGUCUGUCACCAGCACGACGUAUGCGAACCAUGUCGUCAAUCCAUAAUCGCAGGCGACUUCGGCACGCAAAUGCAACAAGCCUGCCAAUUCUCGCUCGUAUGCCUGCCCGACGAAGCACUAUACAUCCGCUCCCCUACCAUUGACCCCGCGCUCGUAGUCGCCACGUUACAAAUCCUGAAAGAUUGGGAGAAACAUACAUUCCGCGACGAGAAGCGGACAAACCCAAAGGGCUUCCAGUUCAGCGAGGAAAUAACGCGGAAACAAGAUCUGGGAAUCAUGAGCUAUUGGAGGGCGAGUGACUUUGAUAAGAAAGACAAGAAGAAUUCUGCGAAUGAGAAGAUGGGGACGGUGGUCAAGGCGAAGAGCAUCACGAUGGCAUCUGAGGGGACAGCGAGCGCGUUGAGUGGACUCGUAGAUGCUGGGUCUGCGCUCGCGGGACAUGGGACGAGUGGGAGUACACACCGUGGCUCAGUUGGUGGGGAUGGACGUGGUGUGGGUAGUACGUGA